AUGGUGCCAGCCUGGCUAUGGCUGUUGAGCCUCUGUCUCCCCCAGGCUCUUCCUCAGGCCCCAUCCACAGAGCUGUAUGUGGAAGUCCCAGAAAACUAUGGCGGAAAUUUCCCUUUGUACCUGACCAAGAUCCCACUGCCCCGCGAGAAAGCUGGGGGCCACAUUGUCCUGUCGGAACAUUCGGGCGCCGCCGCUCAGGGCCCCUUUGCUGUGGACCCAGAGUCGGGCUUCCUGCUGGUAACCGCGGCCCUGGACCGUGAGGAGCGGGCGGAGUACCAGUUGCAGGUCACCCUGGAGUCCCAGCACGGGCACCUUCUGUGGGGUCCCCAACCUGUGCGUGUGCGCGUGAAGGACGAGAAUGACCAGGUGCCCCGUUUCUCCCAGGAGGUCUACAGAAUUCGCCUGAGCCAGGGCACCAGAGCUGGCGUCGCCUUCCUCUUCCUUGAGGCCUCGGAUGGGGAUGAGCCCGGCACAGCCAACUCGGAUCUCCGAUUCCACAUCCUGAACCAGUCACCCGCCCAGCCUUUCCCGGACAUGUUCCAGCUGGAGCGUCAGCAGGGGGCUCUGGCCCUUAGCCCCAAGGGGAGCACUCACUUAGCUCAGGCCCUGGGGGGGCCCUACCAGCUGUUGGUCCAGGUCAAGGACAUGGGUGACCAGGCCUCGGGCCACCAGGCCACAGCCACCGUGGUGGUCUCCAUGAUAGCGAGCACAUGGAUGUCCUUCGAGCCUCUCCGCCUGCCAGAGAACCUCAAAGCUCUGUACCCGCACCAGGUUGCCCAGGUACACUGGAGCGGGGACAAUGUCCAUUACAGCCUGGACAGCCAGCCCCCCGGCCCCUUUGAUGUGGAUGCAGAGGGGAAGCUCUAUGUGACCCAGGAGCUGGACCGGGAAGCUCAGGCUGAGUACCUGCUCCAGGUGCGGGCCCAGAACCCCCACGGCGAGGACUACGCAGAUCCUCUGGUGCUGCCUGUGCUGGUGAUGGAUGAAAACGACAACGCACCCAUCUGCCCCCCACGGGGCCCCCCAAUUGGCAUCAUGGAGCUCAGUCCCCCAGGCACCCAGGUGACUAGGCUGUUGGCAGAAGAUGCAGACGCUCCCGACUCCCCCAAUUCUCACGUUGUGUACCAGCUGCUGAGCCCUGAGGCUGAAGAGGGCGUGGAGGGGCCAGUCUUUGAGCUGGACCCCACCUUGGGCACUGUGACCUUGGGGUCCUCCCCCCUUCGUGCAGGACAGGACUUCCUGCUCCAGAUAGUGGCUGCUGACCUGGGAGGAGCAGAGGGUGGCCUCAGCAGUACCUGUGAAGUCGCAGUCACUGUCCUGGACAUCAAUGACCACGCCCCUGAGUUUACCACUGUCCAGACUGAGCCCGUGAGCGUCCCUGAGGACACAGAGCCUGGCACGCUGGUGGCCACACUCACGGCCACCGAUGCUGACCUGGAGCCCGCCUUUCGUCUCAUGACCUUUGCCAUCACGGCGGGGAACGCCAAGGGGCUCUUUGGCCUGUCUUGGGAACCGGACUCUACUCAUGUCCAACUCCAGCUCCUCAAGAAACUCAGCUACGAGGCAGCCCCAAGGCACGAGUUGGUGGUGGUAGUGAAGAAUGUGGCACAGCUGGUGGGGCCGGGCCCAGGCCCCCGAGCCACAGCCACUGUGACUGUGCUGGUGGAGAGGGUGCUGCCUGCCCCCAAGCUGAACCCCAUGGGCUACAAGGCCAGCGUCCCCAUUGGCACCCCAGCUGGCUCCCUCCUGCUCACCAUCAGGCCCUCCGGUCCCACCAUCAGUUCUGUCAGGUUCUCGCUGGUAAACGACUCCAAGGGCUGGUUCUCCAUCGAGGAGGCAUCCGGGAAGGUGCGCGUGGCUCGGGCCCUGCAGGGCGCCUGGCCUGGGGACACCUACACGGUGCUGGUGGCUGCCUGGGUUGCAGAUGAGCCCAGCCUGAAUGCCUCUGCCAUCCUGGUCAUCCACUUCCUGAAGGGGCCCUUCCUGACGCUGCCCUCUAUGUCCAUGCGGCACCUCUGCACCCCGCGCCAGGACCAUGGCGUGAUUGUCAGUGGGCCCAGCGCGGACCCUGGCCCGGCCAGUGCUAGCCCCUACAGCUUCAUCCUGGGGCCCAACCCCACGGUGCAGCGGGACUGGCGCCUCCAGUCGCUCAACGACUCCCACGCCUACCUCACCCUGGCCCUGCACUGGGUGGAGCCUGGAGAACACGUGAUCCCUGUGGUGGUCCGUCGUGAUGAGCACAAGUGGCAGCUCCAGGUCCGAGUGAUCGUGUGUCGCUGCAAUGUGGAUAGGGAGUGCAUGCGCAAGGUGGGCCGCAUGAAGGGCAUGCCCACGAAGCUGUCGGCGGUGGGCACUCUCGUGGGCACCCUGAUAGUGAUAGGCUUCCUGCUUCUCCUCAUCUUCGCUCAUUUGAGACUGGCACGGAAGGACCUUGAUCAACCUGUGGACAGCAUGCCCCUGAAGACAGCAGUAUGA